CCCUGAUCCCGGAGCCAGCUCUGGUGGCCUGGCACCUUUAGGGCACGGCAGCAGGUCCCCUUGACCACGUCCCACGGCGAUGGCAGGGACAGCGCGGUCCCCACAGCACCCACAGCUCUGGCUGCUCCUCACACACCGCGCCCCCUUGUCCCGGCGGGUGCCGGGCACCCACGGGUGCUCCACGUGGGCUCGCUGCCCCGCUGCCCUGCGGCUGAGACACCCCUGGGGUCGCUGUCCUGGCUGUCCCCACACGCGGUGUCUCCUGGGCACAGUGCCGGGGCGGGGUGGGCAGCCGGGAGCGGCGGGAGGCAGACGGACAGAGCAGCGAUGGAGACGGGCGGGAAUGCGCCGAGGCCACGCUGCCACGAGGCACGGGGACAACGGGACACGGGCGCGUGGCGGAGGGGACAGGCACCCCCGGAUGCUCCCAGCACCCCCCGCCACGGCUCCUGUCCGAGCUGGGACACGGUGACAAACCACCAGAUGGACCGAGAGGCGCAGGGACACACGGGAAGCCACAACAUGCCACGGACACGCGCCACCACGCCAAGCACACGCAGACACACGGGGAGGGGACAUGGGGGAGCGAUGGGGACACCCACACGCACACACGGGAUGGCGCCCAGGAGGGACCGGAGAGGCCGAGGCAGCUGGGGAGGCAAAAUCAGGUUAAAACGAGGGAAAAUGAAGGCGGAGGAGCCGGCGGUGGGGCCGCUGAGCGAGGAGGCGCCGGUGGAGCCGGGAAUGCCGGUGGAGGUCACGGAUAGCGGGAGAGAGAGCGGGAGAGAGCAAAAGAAAGGAGGAGCAGCGUCGUCCAGCGCCGGCCUGCCGGGAGGGAACGGGAGAGAGGAGCGGGGAAGGAUGGACGGACAGACGGAGUCGCCGGGACAGGAAGACACGCCGAGGCGCCGGGCUGGAGCCACCGGGGACAGGCUGGAAGGAAGAAGCUGCGAAACAGGAAGUGCUGUGCCAACCCAUGGAAGGGCAGGGGCAGUCCUGCGUCCCCCUCCAAGUGCCUCCAGCCUGCGGAGAGCAAAGCUGGGAGCUCAGCACUCCUUUUUCCAGGGUGCCAGGGGGCAAACAGCGGCCAGGGAGGAGCUGGAGAAUCCGAGGGAAGAUGGAGCCGGGGGGAGCAGCUCUGCAGAGGAGGGACAAUGUCAUGUGCCGAGAAUGGGUGACAACACGGGACUCGGAUUAGUCCCCGGGGUUUGAUGCUGGAAAUCCAGCACCGAUGGAGGAGAUGGGGUUAAGGCGGAUUAACAAUCCCACGGCUCCUCCGGCUGGGAAUGACAUCGGGGGCCAACUCACGGUCACCCCGGCACGGGAGACUCUGCCACCCGCACCGUGACAACCUGGGACAACGUCACUCCCUGGGGACCUCGCUGGUGGCCGUCCGUGCGGGUGGAAGGGGAUGGCCAGGGACGUGGCACAGCACAACGGGGAAGGGCAGGAGCCCCUUCCCUGAGCCGGGGAGGACACGGAGCUUCCCGCAGGCCAUGGAUAGCAUUGUCACCAAGGGGAGGAGGGAUGAGCGCCGGGGCGAGUGAAGGAGCAGAGGAGAGAGGGAGGGAGAGAGAGAUGAGGAGAGGGGUAGAGAAGAGCAGAGGGGGGUGGAGAGGGAAUGGAGAGAGCAAAGGAGCAGAGGAGAGCGAUGGAGAGAGCAAAGGAGCAGAGGGAUAGAGCAUAUGAGAGAGUGAUGGAGCAGAGAGAGCGAAGCAGGGGAAGGGAUGGAGAAGGGAAUGGAGGGGGUGGGGAGGAGAAGGCAGAGGGCAGUGAUGGCGAACGCACACUUACAGGAAGGACUUCAUGUCCAAGCCGCGGUUGCGGAUUUGCCCCACCACGUGGUCCCAGCUGCCGGGGUUGGAGCGGCUCCUGCCCCCGGCCAUCCGUUGCUUGGAGCCGGCGGCGCUGCCCUGGCGCGCCGGGCCGCCGCGGGA